AUGGCGAGGAGAACGGCUGGGGGUUGCCGAACCUUCGACGAGGAGAAAGCGUACAUUUCGCGAGACGUAACUUCGCCGUGUCGCUACACCAUCAAGCGGGGUUUCGUCGAGGGUAUGGAAGUUGAAGGACACGUGUACAUUAACGACGCUUUGCGGUCUCUCCUCUUUGACGAACUACGCCAGUUCGCCGCGCAGAAUGGCGGGCGCGGAUCUCCGACGGGAGGGUUCCUUCCGGCCUUGAAACAGGUUGCAAACGUCGCCGCACUUCCCGGCAUCGUCGGCAAAAGCAUCGGCCUCCCAGACAUCCACGCCGGAUACGGCUUCGCGAUCGGAAAUGUCGCCGCGUUUGACAUGGGCGAUCCGCAGGCCGUCGUUUCUCCAGGCGGCGUCGGAUUCGACAUCAACUGCGGCGUCCGUCUUCUGCGGACGAAUCUGCAAGAGGAGGACGUAGCUGACAAGAAGGAGCUCCUCGCGCAGGCUCUCUUUGACCACAUUCCCGUCGGUGUCGGGUCUCAGGGUAUCAUCCCCUGCAAAGGUCCAGAGUUGGAGGCGGCACUGGAGCUCGGAAUCGACUGGUCGCUUCGCGAGGGCUACGCCUGGGCAGAAGACAAGGAACACUGCGAAGAAUUCGGCCGCAUGCUGCAUGCAAAUCCCACGAAAGUUUCCGCCCGCGCGAAGAAGCGAGGCCUGCCUCAGAUGGGGACCUUGGGGGCGGGCAACCACUACGCAGAAAUCCAAGUUGUGGACGAGAUCUACGACGAGUACGCCGCGCGUCGAAUGGGCAUUGAACGCGAGAAACAAGUUUGCGUGAUGAUUCACUCGGGGAGUCGCGGGCUCGGCCAUCAAGUAGCCACCGACGCUCUGGUCGCGAUGGAGGCGGCGAUGACCAAACACAAAAUCAAAACCAACGACCGGCAGCUGGCCUGCGCUCGCAUCGACUCUCCUGAAGGGCAAGAUUAUUUAGGCGCCAUGGCGGCUGCAGCCAACUACGCGUGGGUGAAUCGGAGCUCGAUCGCUUUUCUGGCGCGCGAGGCCUUUGCGAAAGUGAUGAAGCAGACGCCGGACGAUUUGGACAUGCACAUGGUGUACGACGUCUCGCACAACAUCGCGAAAAUCGAAGAACACUUUGUGAACGGUUCGCCGAAGCGGCUGCUGGUGCAUCGGAAGGGGUCGACGCGCGCGUUUCCGCCGCACCAUCCGCUGCUGGCGAGCGACUUCCAGAUGACCGGCCAGCCUGUGCUGAUUGGCGGGACGAUGGGGACGUGCAGCUACGUCCUCACAGGCACCGAACAAGGCAUGGCGGAGACUUGGGGAAGCACUUGCCACGGCGCCGGCCGAGCCAAAAGCCGAAACAACGCGCGAAACAAUCUCCAGUACCCGGACGUCAUCCGCGCCCUCGAGGCCCAAGGCAUCGCGAUUCGCGUGGCGAGUCCGAAACUGAUCAUGGAGGAGGCCCCGGAGAGCUACAAGGACGUGAGCGAAGUGGUCCAGACGUGCCACGACGCGGGGAUCUCCAAAAAGUGCGUGAAAUUGCGGCCUCUCGCUGUCAUAAAAGGAUGA